CUCAGAAAAAAACUGCUAAAAAAGUCAUUGCUUAUGUGUUCAUAAAAUAAAUGUUCAUUUCCAUGUUUAUUUUGUGCAAAGUUACAAAGAGCCAAACAAACUCAUCGAAGGGCUGCACGUGGCCCGAGAGCCACAGCUUGCAGAUCCCUGAUAUGACACCCCGCUCACACAGCCGCUAUUUCAGCCGGGCUACAAAUGGUGCGUAGCCAACAGCCCAGACGACAGAGCAGGCGAAAGGCAGCCAAUCCAAAGCCUUGGUCUGAACCACGUGAUUCUGAAACCCGGAAAAUAAACAAAGCCUUGACAUUUGAACCUUGCGAGUAAAACUUAAAAAGAACAGAGUUCUUGUGGUUCGUUCUCUCUGCAGUUCAAACAUGUCAACAGAUAUGAAGUCGGCUCUGCUGCAUGUGUUCGUUCCCUUCACGUUGUGUGUGUUUCUGGCGAACACGAGUCUGUUCGGACAAGUUCAAGUGGACUUGACUUACGAACAUUACGCAGAGAAAAAGGUGGACUUCAUGCCUGCUCUCUUGGCAAUGCCGUUCAACUGCCUGGUUAACGCGACCUACGUCUUCCUGGGACUSUACUGGCUGUUUUGGCGUAGAGGCGUGGAGGAGACGGAGCAGAGCUGCUACCUGCGGCAGGUGUUCGCCCUCAUGGCUCUCCUCUACGGUCCCGUGCAGUGGACGCGUCUGGCCACGUUGCGGCGCGCCCCGGCUGUGCUCGACCAGUGGUUCACCUUGCCCAUCUUCGCCUGGGUUCUGGUGUGGCUCGACUUCGUUGAGCGCGCAAAGUGGCGCGCGUCGUACGCGGCGCGUGUCGAGCUGUGCUCCGUCGUCAGCUACAGCCUCGCCCUGGCGCACGAGCGAGGCUUUGAUGUGGCGCUGGGUUUCCACGUCGCUUUGGCGGCGUUCAAAGGAAUUCGCGUGCAGCUGGCACGCGGGGACAGUCUCACAGCUGGGUACCUGCUGCUGGCCUUGCUGUCCUGUGCCGGGUUCGUGGUGCUGAAGCUGCUGGACCUCUGGCUGGCUCAGUUCUGGCUGUUCCAGACACUCACGGGACACUUCUGGUCCAAAGUGUUCGACGUGCUGCAGUUCCAYUUUAGCUUCUGCUUCCUCACAGCCAUGACUCAGAGGACCAGGCCAAGACUGCAGCACAGCAGGACUAAACAAGAGUGAACAGCCGAGGGACUCUUUAAUUGGACUGAUUAAUUAACGCACUCUUGUUAACAAUGACCUGAACUGUAUAGAUGAAAGGCUUUUCAUCGCCCUGUAGUGCCUUGAGUCAUAGAAUUUGACCCACAAAAUCYUGCUAACACACAAUCAGUCCUGAAACAUUUCUGCAAACAUCCUACAUUUAUCUUCACUGAGCCGAAGCACUGAUUUCCACUUAACGUUUUGGACUAACAUGAGUUUAGUCAACUUUUUAGUUCAAAGSAAAACAUGUUCCUAUAUUGGAAUUUUAAUAGUCUAUGUAAAAUCACCAUGCAAAGUAUAAUCUUUAAAAAUAAAAAAUAGAAAUGUCCAAAGAUGCAAAUAUGGGGUUCUAUGAGUAAAAGACGACUGCAAAAGAAAACAUUUGUUGCAGAAGAAAAAUCUCAGAUUGGUCUACACAAGACUGAUUAACAAUAAAUAGUUCAAUCACUAUUUGAAGCAGAGCUGUCGGAAAAAAAUCCCAUCAACCAAAUUCACUAAACUUAAAAAAAAUGGUUUAUUCAAACAAAAUCAAUAUGAUUUUUUUUCUGAAAUGUUGGAAGCACUUGAACUGCUAAGAUUCUUUCUUAUAUCUACAAUUUUUAAAGAGCUAUAGCAAUACAGUUUGAAGAAAAAAAGAUCUUACUCAGCUUGCAAAGUUUUAUGUUGGAUGUGUGUAAUUUCACAUAGAAAUUAUAACCAAUCUGUUGGGAAAAUAUGUGUUGUUCAAAAUGGAAUGUCCGAAUAAACAGGAUUCAGUUGGA